GACGGACAGAGGCAGACAGACAUGCUGAGGCUGCUGCUGCUGGUUCUGGUGCUCUGGACGUGGACGAGCUUGGCGCUGGUCAGGGUCCCUCUGAGGCGGGUGCGUUCGAUUCGUACCCAGCUGCGGGCUGACGACCUGCUGGAGGAAUUUCUGAAGGAUCACCGUGCUGACAUGUUUAACCGCCGCUACGCUCAGUGCUUCCCCCCCGGCACACCAUCACUGAGGCUCGGACGCGCCAGCGAGAAGAUCUACAACUUCAUGGAUGCUCAGUAUUAUGGUGAAAUCAGUCUGGGGACACCAGAGCAGAACUUCUCUGUGGUUUUUGACACCGGCUCAGCUGAUCUGUGGGUGCCAUCAUCCUACUGUGUCAGCCAGGCCUGCGCGUUGCACAGGCGUUUCAGGGCGUUUGAGUCGACCUCGUUUCAUCAUGAUGGUCGGUUGUUUGGGAUUCACUACGGAUCAGGACACCUGCUGGGAGUCAUGGCCAGAGACACACUGAAGAUUGGUGGCCUCACCACUCUGAACCAGGAGUUUGGGGAGUCGGUCUAUGAGCCUGGUGCCACGUUUGUAAUGGCCAGGUUUGAUGGUGUUCUGGGGAUGGGAUACCCAUCCCUGGCAGAGAUCCUUGGAAACCCCAUUUUUGACAAUAUGAUGGCGCAGAAGACGGUGGACGAGCCAGUCUUCUCCUUCUACCUCAGCAGGAGUACAAAGAGCAGCAACCCAGAGGGUGAACUGUUGCUGGGUGGAACAGACGAGGCGUUGUACCAGGGACCAAUUAACUGGCUCCCAGUGACUUCGAAGGGAUACUGGCAGAUUAAAAUGGACAGUGUGGCGGUGCAGGGUAUGAGUUCCUUUUGUCCUCAUGGUUGCCAAGUGAUUGUAGACACAGGAACCUCCCUAAUUGCUGGACCGACCAAUGACAUCCUCAGCCUCCAGCAGCUGAUUGGAGCCACACCCACAAACAUUGGAGAAUUUCUCAUUGACUGCGUCAGGUUGUCCAGUUUGCCUCAUGUGACAUUCGUCCUGGGUGGAACAGAGUACACGCUGACUGCUGAACACUACGUUAGGAAGGAGAUGCUUGGAGACAGGGAGCUGUGUUUCAGUGGUUUCCAGGCCCUGGACAUCGUUUCCCCGGAGGGACCCCUGUGGAUUCUGGGAGACGUGUUUCUGACAGAGUACUACAGUGUCUUCGACAGAGGACAGGACCGGGUUGGCUUUGCGCCUGCUAGGCACCCGAACAAACAAUAA